AUGACGGAGGGCAUCGCGAAUACACUUCCGUGGGCCGAGCCGGCUUGGCACGGAGCCCUGGAAUCACCAUACUACAAAGACUCCCACAGAAAGCUGCAGGCAUAUGCAAGGAAGUACAUUGAUGAAAAUGUUCUACCCCAUGCACUUGAGUGGGAGGCUCAGGGCGAUUGUCCGGAGAGCGCCAAAUUGAAUUACAUCAAGUCAGGAUUGGCAUUGACAGAUGUACCGAAACAGUACAAGCCGCCACAACUCCAGACUCUUGCGGGUAUACCAGUGGACAAGCUGGACGCGUUUCAUUUACUCAUACUCACCGAUGAGGGAUCCCGCAUUCAUGGCGCGGUAGGAACGGCCCUCGCCGGCGCCAAUGUCAUUGGCGUGCCGCCAAUCAUCAAUCACGGCACUGAAGAGCAGAAGCAGAGGUGGCUUCCGGGUCUCUUCACCAGGCAGACCAACUUUUGUCUCGGCAUCACAGAGCCAAGCGGAGGCAGCGACGUUGGCAAUAUCAAAACAACGGCCCAAAAGACCGCCGACGGUCGGCACUACGUGGUCAAUGGCACAAAGAAGUGGAUCACGGGUGCACAAUGGGCAACGCACAUGACGACGGCGGUACGUACGGGCGGUAAAGGUGCCGGCGGCAUCUCCCUCCUCGUUGUGCCGCUCGACGCGCCGGGCGUGGCGAUCGAAAAGAUCUACAACAGCGGGCAAAACGCGGGCGGCGCGUCCUGGGUUCGCCUGACUGACGUCCGCGUGCCGGCCAAGAACCUGCUGGGACGCGAAAACGCCGGGUUCAAGUACAUCAUGACCAAUUUUAACAGGGAGCGCUUCGUCAUGUCCGUCGGCUGCAACCGCCAUGCGCGGACCUGCCUCAGCACGGCCCUGGCCUAUGCCCAUGAGCGCGAGACCUUUGGCACACCGCUGGCGAGCCACCAGAUUAUUCGACACAAGAUCAUUACCCUCGCGAGAGAGGUCGAGUCGCACUGGGCUUGGCUUGAACAAAUUGCGUACCAUGUGCAGAUCCACGGGUGGCAGAGCGACUCCAUUGCUGGGCCGAUAGCGCUGAGCAAAGUCUCUGGCGGUAGGAUUCUGGAGCUUGCGGCGCGGGAGGCCCAGCAGAUCAUGGGCGGCGUAGCAUACCAGCGAGGAGGGCCUGGAGGUGGAGGCGUGGUGGAACAGAUUACCAGAGACUUGCGAAUGAUGGUUGUGGGCGGCGGCAGCGAGGAGAUUAUUGGAGACUUGGCCUUUAGGCAGGAGAUGAAGCAGGCAAAGAAGAAAGGUUCAAAGUUAUGA